AUGCUCGACACAGCUACCGAUUCCACAGUCGCUUACCGCAGAUUGGUUCGUGAUUUGCUAGCGAAAGCAGCGGAAGUCAAAAAAGGACAUGAUGUUGAACCACCUAUCACUGAAGCCAGUCUAGGCGACUUGGUCGAGCGUGCAUCUCUCAAGAAUGGCAGUAUUCAACCAGAAACAACUAAACAAAUGAACUUCGCCGCUGUCGAAACCGCAUUCCGAGAGAAAUUCUACGAGUUGCUGGCCUCCACUUCGAUAGACGAUCCUGCUUUUGUGAACAUCUGGAACCUUCUCGAUAUUGUUUCAAUAUUCUCGGACAAUGCACAAUGUGAGGCAGGUCUUAUCUUUUGGCUCAUCGAAGAGCUUCUUGACAGCCAGACGGUCGACGGUUGCCGCAAAGUUUUCGACUAUUUGGAGUCGCGCAGAGAAAUUAAUACGGCGAAACAUUUUGAGUCGAAGAAGCUAAUCAUUCUACGAUCAUGCAAUGAGCUACUACGUCGGCUCUCGAGAGCGGAAGAUACUGUUUUUUGCGGACGGGUGUUUAUUUAUAUGUUUCAGAGCUUUCCGCUUGGAGACAAGAGUUCGGUCAACCUUCGCGGAGAGUUUCAUACCGAGAACAUUACAACAUUCGAUAAUAUUGUGAAGACAUCUCAGGAAGAUGCUAUGGAAACAGAGCCAACUGAACCGACAGAAACAACAGAGAAGAUGGCCCAAGUCGCGCAAGGCGAACCGAUUAAUGAGGGCGAAGCCACUCGAGCUGUGAAGGAAGGAACUCCUACGGUAGCAGAAGCUGCUGAUGAAAAGAAGGAAAACGACCCAUCUAAGACCGUUGACCUAGAUGCACUUUACCCGAUUUUCUGGGGCCUGCAGGGUUUUUUUUCAGCGCCUACCAGGUUAUUCGACUCCCAGAGCUUUGCGUCGUUUCGCGCUGGCCUAGAGAAGACGCUCUCGACGUUCAAAUUAAUGAACAAGGUCACCGAUACAUGGAGCACUGCAAAGGCACCAGACGAGCUUCGAAGAGGGUUGAAACGGAAGCGUAACGGCGAAGGUGUCGAUAUUGCUAGCAGUUUUAAUCCGAAAUAUCUGACAAGUCGUGAGCUAUUUGAUCUCGAGAUCAAUGACAUUGCAUUUCGACGCCAUGUUCUCGUUCAGGCGCUGAUACUACUUGACUUCAUUUUGUCAUUGACACCACAGGCUCGCCAAAGGCUUAUGAAGUCAGUACAACCUGGUAAAGCCCUGAACAAGACGGUGCUUUAUCAAUACGCUGUUAGCGAAGAAGACGCCAAAUGGGCUGCGCAAACCAGAGAUGUUGUUGCAGACUACUUGCAGCAAGGCAUUGAUGGCAAAUUUUACUACAGAAUGGUCGAUACUGUUCUUUCCCGAGACAAGAACUGGGUGCGCUGGAAGGUUGAAAAUUGCCCUCCCAUUGAAAAGCCUGCGAUUAAAGGAGACGACUACUUCCAGGCUCGUGGAAACGCAUCUAAAGUGUUUACCACCAAGCGUCUGAGGGCCGCUCCGAUGGGCUCACUCGAUCUCACAUUCUUGACCGACGGAAAUAGUAUUUCUAGUCUCGAACAAUUGAAAGAACCGGAUCGAUACAGUACACCCGCCCCAGAUUCCUUCAUGAUGGGCAUCGUAGACGAUGAGUUCGACAUUGACAUGGCCAAAGACAAGGAUGAGAAAGAGGCUGCAGAGCGAGCAAAAGUCAGCAAAUUAUGGCGAACAUUACGCCUAGCAUCGAGAAGCAAGCUUCUUGAAUUUGAAAAAAUUGAGGAUGGCAAGAAAAUCAACCUUCUAUUUGAGAAGCCAACAGAGGAAUCGAGAGAGGUGGCUUCAGAGGAUUCGCAAAAGAAAGCAGACAAUCCUAGUGAAACCAAGGACGAACAGGCCUCUACAUCACUAGACACACAAACACAACAGGAGGAUGUCGCUACAACGACUUGA